AUGAGGAUGUUCCUCUUUCUCUUUGCUGUCUUCUUCUUUCUGGCCCCAGCCAGGAGUGGAUCUUUUGGAAAUAAAUGCUACAGGCUUAAAGGGAGAUGUGUGGACCAUUGUCAGAUAAAUGAAGAACUUGUUGGUCUCUGCCAGAAGUUUCUGAAAUGCUGUGUGACACUUCAGUCGUGUUGGAAAAAUAAGGAUAGCCCUUAA